CCCCCCCUCCCAGAGGUCCAGUCAUCUGAGCAAUGGAUCACUCCAACGGAUACCUCCAUCUGUUUGGUCUCCUGGCUAUUUUAAUAGCUCCAGGCUGGUGUUCUGAUGAUGAGACCAGGCUAGUGAAAACUCUGUUCACUGGGUACAACAAAGUGGUCCGGCCCGUCAAUCACUUCAAAGAGCCGGUUGUGGUCACUGUGGGCCUGCAGCUUAUCCAGCUCAUCAGUGUGGAUGAGGUCAACCAGAUUGUGACAAGCAACGUCCGCCUAAAGCAGCAAUGGAAGGAUGUGAACCUGAAUUGGAACCCGGACGACUACGGAGGCAUCAAGAAGAUCAGGAUUCCCUCCACAGACAUCUGGAGGCCUGACCUGGUGCUCUACAACAAUGCGGACGGGGACUUUGCCAUCGUCCACGAGACCAAGGUUCUGCUGGAGCACACGGGCAUGAUCACCUGGACCCCGCCGGCCAUCUUCAAGAGCUACUGCGAGAUCAUCGUGCUGCACUUCCCCUUCGACCUGCAGAACUGCAGCAUGAAGCUGGGCACCUGGACCUACGACGGCAACCUGGUGGUCGUCAACCCGGACAGCGACCGGCCCGACCUGUCCAACUUCAUGGAGAGCGGGGAGUGGGUGAUGAAGGACUACCGCAGCUGGAAACACUGGGUGUACUACGCCUGCUGCCCCGACACGCCCUACCUGGACAUCACCUACCACUUCCUCAUGCUGCGUCUGCCUCUCUACUUCAUCGUGAACGUCAUCAUCCCCUGCAUGCUCUUCAGCUUCCUCACCGGCCUCGUCUUCUACCUGCCCACCGACUCUGGUGAGAAGAUGACUCUGAGCAUCUCCGUCCUGCUGUCUCUGACCGUGUUCCUGCUGGUGAUCGUGGAGCUCAUCCCCUCCACCUCCAGUGCCGUGCCCCUCAUCGGGAAGUACAUGCUCUUCACCAUGGUCUUCGUCAUCGCCUCCAUCAUCAUCACCGUCAUCGUCAUCAACACGCACCACCGCUCGCCCAGCACGCACACCAUGCCUGCUUGGGUCCGCAAGAUCUUCAUCGACACCAUCCCCAACCUGAUGUUCUUCUCCACCAUGAAACGUCCCUCUCAGGAGCGCCAGGAGAAGGCCGUGUUCCCCGGUGACAUCGACAUCUCGGACAUCUCCGGGAAGCCCACCCCGGCCGCCAUUCCCUUCCAGUCCCCCAUCACCAAGAACCCAGACGUACGCAGCGCCAUCGACGGCGUCAAGUACAUCGCUGAGACCAUGAAGGGCGAUGAGGAAUCCAACAAUGCAGCGGAGGAGUGGAAGUUCGUUGCCAUGGUGCUGGACCACAUCCUGCUGUGUGUGUUCAUGGCGGUGUGCAUCAUCGGCACCGCCGGAGUGUUUGUUGGACGCCUCAUCGAGCUCAACACUCUGUAGGGCCUUCCGGAACCUCCUGGGAAACCUUCAAAGAGGCGCCAGCCCCACACCUGCCCACACUCUGGCCACGCACUCACCUGCCCCCCCACCCCCACCACACCCUGUGUUUACGUAGCCAUUGUGAUAAGUUCAGCCAUCCUGGCAAUAUGUCUUCAGAGUGGCGGCUUCCGCAGCAAUGAAGUAGCUUGUGUUGAUGACUUGACUUUAGUGCUGCUUACUGUGUUGUGGCUGACUCCACUGUAACGAUGGGAAACCUUUGACCGACCUAGUUUGACAGGGAUCCAACCGGAACACGAAGCGUCACCAGUGUCAUGGGAUGCAUGACCCCCUGACAAUGUAACGGUUAACAAUUACGUUCGGCCGUCAAGUUUCUGGUCCCGCUGAUGGUCUGAUCUGCUUGUUCAUGAGCUCUGGGGAUGUUCAGGAGAUAGAUGGACCUUUAGGUUCCCCAGGGUUCCCUUGGGGAUUUCCCUUCAUUUGAUGCCUUUGAAGGUCCCAGGUUCAGGUCCUGGGUUACAUACAGUAACUGUUUUUAGACGCGUAACUGUUUGUAAACUUUUGUUUGAAAUGAACUGAUUGAUUUGUUAUUGGCUAGUUCACGUUGAGGAGAAUUCUUUCAUCACCUCUCUCUCCUCCUUGUGCCAAAUAUAACCCUGUUUGUUUUCUUUGGUGAUUUAGUGACUAAUAAACUAAUCCUUGUAUAUUGUA